AUGGACCCGCUCGACCCCGACUUCUACGAUAACAUCAUCGCCUCUGCUCGCGCAAGACUCGCAUACCUCAAACAGAAACUAUCGGAAUACGAGGAAAAACGUCGAAUGUGGGUUGGAUAUGAAGUUUCUCGGAGGAUAGCUGAAGUUGCAGAUAAAGAGAUAUCCGUGACGUAUUCUGGGUUCCACGACAGGGUUCUUAGGUCUUUUUAUGAAGGAGAAGAACGAGAACGAGAAAAAGAAAAGGAACGGGAAAAGGAAAAGGAACAAGAAAAAGAAAACACCCCUGGCAGUGUUAGCCCUCAAGCGAGUCAGCCUCAAGGAGCCCUCGUCGACCAUCCCUACACCUUGACCUACAAACCAAACCCCGCCGCCGCCGCUGUCGUGACAGCAGUAACCCGGGACUUCUCAUCAUUAAUCAUCGACAUCUUCGUUUCCUUCACCUUCCCUUCCUCCGACUUUGACCAACCCCAGAACUACAUCGACCCCUACCACCACCCCGGGCCUUUGGUAUCCCUCCGUCCCCACCUCCACCACCACCAAAGACUCCCACUUGAACUCGUACUCCCCGCAUACCCCACUUUAUAUACCCACCGAAACGUGUUGGGAGGAGAGUUUAGGGAUAAGGUGGGGUAUUUGAGGCAGACCGUGACGUGUUGGCCGGAUCCCGAUCCCGAUGUAGUAGAUGUAAAAAACAGUGUUGGUGUGACAGAGGGCGUGUUGAUACCUCUUUUGGGGUGGCUUGAGGAUGUUAAGGUGAACGUGAACGUUCACACGGCUUCCGACCGGGGGUAUCAUUCGCAUUCACAUUCGGGUUUGCAGGUACCUGAGGGGCAUUGUCAGUGGCAGUGGCGUACCGGUGCCAGUGAGGAGGAGGGGGUUGAGGAAGGGGGGGAGGGAGGUGCAGCGUUAAUGGUACUUGCGGUUCAUAUGCGUGUGGUGCAGUGUGUGUGUUGGGUGAGGAUGAAGAAGGGUAGUAAGGGUCGCGGUAGUGCCUCCGACGACGAAUCGAAAAACCGAAACAAAACCCACAAACAGCCUACGACUACCACUCAACUCAACGGACGACCAGUCCCCCCACCCCAAGAGCCCUUUUUACUUCCAUCCCACACUCGGACUCGGACUCGAACGCCAGCACCAAUAACAAACCCAGAAAUCCAAAGAUUCUUCCACAAAGGCAAAGACGAAAGCGGCCUCUACGACCUUUUCAGUUCGAUGUCAGAGACGGAGGGAGUUAAGAAAGUGUGUCAGGGGAUUGUGGGUAGGGAGUGGGGGGUUGAUGUUAUGUUUUGA